UAGCAAAACAGCAGAACCCCGAACGGAUCAUCAGAAAGUGUUUUCCCUUAGCAAAUUGAGUCUACGAGUGUUGUACCAGACGACGGACAGUGCCUUUAGUAUCUCUCAGUUCUCGUUUGAACCAGCAAGAUGGACACCCAGUUCGCACGGAAGUUUGUCAACACAUUUCAAUCGAAACUAGAACCACCAGUCAGGGACCACCUGAAGAAUGUUUACGCCUGCCUGACUGUGUCAACCAUGCUAAGCGGCGGAGCUGCUUGGUUCGGCCUCAAUUACCCGAAUAUGAGCAUCGUCCAACCUGGCUUUCUGACACAGCUCGGCGCUGUUGGUCUGCUCAUUGGACUCAUGGCCACCAGGAACAGCAAGCAGAACCAGCCGAUGAGGAUGGGCAUGCUCGCCGCCCUCGCCUACUGCAUUGGAACGAAUCUGGUACCCCUGCUGGAUUCUGUGCUGAAGGUCGACCCUAGCAUCGUGGUGACGGCCCUGUUGAGCACCUCAGUGGUCUUCGUGUCCUUCUCGAUGUGCGCCCUGCUGGCGGAACGAGGCAAAUGGCUGUUCUUGGGUGCGCCCCUGCUUAGCCUGAUGAACGUGAUGCUGCUGCUGCUGACCCUGUCCAUCUUCACUGGCACGUAUGCGUUCAUGUUCAACGCCAACGUCUACCUCGGCCUGUUGGCCAUGUGCGGCUUUGUGCUCUUCGACACUCAGCUGAUCGUGGAGAAGCGGCUGAUGGGUGACGACGAUUACAUCGGCCACUCGGUCGACCUGUUCAUCGACCUUGUCGGCAUCUUCCGCCGCCUCCUCAUCAUCCUGACCAAGAAGGAGCAGGACAGCAGGAACAAGAACAAGCGCGAAUAACCUCCUUUUCGCUAAAAUAAAUGAAUGUAAAUGUGUUGAUACCCAGCAUCCUUCGAAAACGAAAGGAGUCCUCUGGUUUUUGUACUGAUAUGUAUUGAUGGAAAAGUAAUAAUCACGAAUUAUUUAAAAAUGUUCAAAACAUCAUGUGUAUCGUAUCGGAAUAAAAAUAUAUUUAAUUGUCUAUAAAAA